GCGCCUCGAGCAGAUGGCGGCAUGGCACAUGGUGGACGCGGUCGCGACGUGGGACGACGAGUGUGCCCGCUAUAUCAUGGAGCUCCUCCGCGACGACGAUUAUGCAGCUUUGUACGAAGGCAUGACAGUCGCAGCCGCUGAGCGUGCGAGGUGGCAUAAGGCGCAGGAACUAUGCGCGAACGUCUGGGAGGCCACACGCACGUUCCGAGAGGAGAGCUGGGAGAGGCUGGCCAUCAAGGAGGGCGACGAUUACUGCAGAGAGCUCGCGGACCUCCAGCGCCACGAACGCGUCGCGAGAGAGCUCCUGGGCAGGAUCGACGCAGGCGAAG